AUCAAAGCUCAAUUUCGAUGAUAAUGACAGCUUAGUGAAGUCGUCUCGUGGACAUUCGAUAGAGACAGCGGAGGCAACGCUUACAGGAAACGGGAUAGAGAUGAAUGAAGGGAAAGAGGGGUGAGGGGGGGAGAAGAAGUGGUACAUAAAGCAUGCUCAGAGUCAACCAGGACCAUAACAGAUACACGUGUCUCUUGGCGGCUUCGCUUUAUAACACGUGAUUCAUGAAGGUCUCGAUACGUUUUUUACACCUGCGACGACUUGAUUAGAAAUUCUAAUCGGGGGGGGUCCCAGUAAAAGAGUGACACGCUGCCCUCAGGCGGUGCGCCGUCUUAAAUCGAACCGAAAUAGCCAGUUCGUCUUCGACUUUUUUCUUUCUCCCCUCUUUCUCUCUCCCCCCCUCCUUCCCCCUACCAACCAACGUGAUCUUUCGAGGCUCUACCCGAACCGAUCACUCCCACAAUCCUGCCAUAAAUUUUCAUCGUAAAGAUCCGUUCGUGUUCACUGUAGCUACCGUUUGGUGAUAGAGAGGCAAAUAUAAAUUAUACAAAUAAAGAUGAUUAAGAGAGUAUGGAUUUCGGAUAAAGUCAGUUACAAAAGUAAAAUCAUUGGACAGUGUUAUUUAAUAAUUUGUUAAUUUACACAAUACAGUGAUUUUACACAAUACGUUUUGUCCUUUUUUCUUCUCUUUUAUUUUUUUUCUUUCUUUUUUUUUUUCUUCCGAAAAAUUGGAACGUUAUGAUAAUAAUCUAAUUACGAUCUCAUGAAUUAAUGUAAAAGGGAGAGAGACUGAGAAAAAAAAAACAAAAAAGAAACAAAAAAAAAAAAAACAAAAAAAAACAAAAUCAAGUGAAGCAAAUAGUCGUAAAAAGAAUUUUUCAUAUUCACCGUCUGUCUUCUUUCUCGUAGGCUGAUACGAAGCACGCGUGGUUCAUAUGUAGAAAAAGGACCGAAUGGUUAGAAAAGAGGUGUAGGACAAACAGCGAGCACACAGUCGUGUGAAUAGAAAAAGAGAGAGAAAGAGAGAGAGAGAGAGAGAGAGAGAGAGAGAGAGAGAGAGGCAGCGACACGCAAGGGAAGCUUUGGUAGAGGGGAGAAUAGAAUCCUGAUCAGAGAGAAGGAUAGAUAGAUAGAUGGAAAAAGAGAGAGAGAAACAGAGAGACAAAGAGAGAGGGAGAGAGAGAGAGAGAGAGAGAGCUUAUACACGACAUGCUAGCUAAAGAGAGAGAGAGAGAGAGAGAGAGACAGAGACAGAAAGAGAAAGAGUGAGUGGGGUUGUCGUAGCACACGGUGGGGCAGGAAGACAUAGUGGGGAGUAGGAUUGAAGAGGAAGGGCGACUGGGGGCGGGCGCGAGGCAUGAUUCUCAACGGGAACGGCCACGCUCACCACAUCUGGUGAGCAACUGGCGCACUAUACCGUGAUAUUCCUUGCGAAGCACACGCGGAACGGAGAGAGGCAACACAAACGAAAACUAUGUUUCAUGAAGUGUUCUCCAAAGAGACACUACAAUAACAUUAACGUUCGUAACAUGGUAAACAAUAAAAUUAGAAAAAUUUAUAGGAAACUAAUCGAUAUUUUUGUUUUUCCCUUUCAUCCUCCACCCCCGCCCUAUCCUUCCUCCAUCCCUCCUUCUAGAUUAGUUAAAGAGAAAGAAAUAGAAUAGGACAAAUACAAGAUAGAGAAAAAGGAAAAGAGAGAGAGAGAGAGACAAAGAGAAUAAGGGAAGGUCGUGUUAUCACGUUGAAAGCCUCGAGGAGUCGAAGGAGAGCUCCGCCUCCUCCGGUGCCCUCCUCCGUCGGCCUUCGUCGUCUUCUUCAUACUACUACUCCUCCUCGUCCAUACGCUAACGUCCAGCCGUAGCGGUGUGCCCCACCGUUUGACCAACUGGCUACUACGUCACACAUGCUUUUCUGCGGAGUCGGCAAGAGUCGAAGGCUCGUCGAGCAGUCGGCUUCAGUGAGUUACGAGUUUGCGUUCGGGUUUCGGCGUUACACGAGCGAUAACGGGGGCGUCAAUCGAAUCGAGAUUGGGAGAGGAUUCCGUACCGGGCCUGCCCUCUCUUUCCCUCUUUCUCGCUCUUUCUCUCUUUCUCUUUCUCACAUACAUACUCUCUCUCUCUCUCUCUCUUUCUCUUUCAACCAUGGGCAACAGGUUUGAAUUUAUGGGACAAUAAAGAGUGCGUAGUGCGCGUGUCUCCCUUGCUCCUACUCUCAACGGUGCACUCCUUCUCUCUUUUUCUCUCUUUCUUUCUCUCUGUCUCUCUCUCUCUCUCUCUCUCUCUCUCUCUCUCUCUGUCUCUUUCUAUCUAUCUAUCUUUCUCUUUCUCUCUACCCUCUCUCUCUCUCACUCUCUCGUGCGCGCGAACAGUAGAGAAAAGAGAAAGAGAGAGAGAGAGAGAAAGAGAGAAGGAGAGGAACGACGGUGGAGACUAUCAAACUCUCAUAAAACUGUCAGGCACGGUCGCCGGGGCUGACUUAUGUGCGGCCCUUCUUCUUCUUCUUCUUCUUCUUCCUCUUCCUCUUCUUCUUCUUCUUCUUCUUCUUCUUCUUCUUCUUCUUCUUCUUCUUCCUCUUCUUCUUCUUCUUCUUCUUCUUCUUCCUCUUCCUCAUCCUCAUCCUCGGCAUCGUCCUCGUUGGCCAUACGAAGUAGCUGCUGUUGCGUGAACUUGUCUUCUCCCAAAGUGCCGUAAGGAUUUCAAGCCUCUACCAAGAAGAAGGACACUUCGGGAAGAACCUAAGAGGAUACCAAAAGAAAGACACCGAUUCUUUCUCUCUCUUUCUUUGAACGAACGAACCACCCCCUUUUUUCGGGGUAAUCGCGGUAGGGGGCGCGCGCGCACGCGUUACCCCCUUUGCCGAGCAGGCGGAAGACUACUUGUCGGUGACGUCGCGCUAGGAAAGAGAGGAACUGCCAGAGAGAGAGAGAGGGCUGCCCCCACCAGGGUCCUUGCUCGAGGGCUCCCGAAUAUCUCUCCAUUAGCCCCCCUCGUAGCGACGGCCAUCCCCUCUCCUCGACGAAAGCUCUCCUUCUUUCUCCUCCCUCUUUUCUCGGCUCUCUCUCUCUUUCUCUCUUUCUCUAUCUCUCUUUCUCUGUUACUCUUUCACUCUCUCGUACGUUCACGCACCCCUCUCGGCUCUCGUCACGUCGACGUCGACGACGUUGGCCUGCGAGACGGGCACACGAGCGGCGCAGCGCCAGCAGCACCACCAGCAGCAACAUCAGCGGCAGCAGCAGCGGCGUCGGCUGCGGCGGCUUCGAGCCGACGGACGACGACGACGACGACGACGACGACGACAACGACGACGACCACGACAACUACUACUACUACUACUACUACUAAUACUACUACGAGGACGACGGUGAAGAGAGGAGAGAACGGGCUUGAAGAAUCCUUCGUCGCCGGCAGGAGAGACCAAUCAAGGUUUGACGAACGGCGCGGAUUGGUCGAAGCGCUCUCCUCUGACACGCAGAGAGCGCGGGCACGUGACAAGCUACCGCACACACCGGCCUCUGAAUCGCGGCGAGGCCUUCAGUACGAUACCAACCACCCUCCGCGCAUGCAACGGACCAUCUCCGCGAUCCUUAAAAUCUUCUCUUUCUCUUUCUCUUUCUCCUUUUCUCUUUUUCUAUCCUCUUCCCUUUUUCUCUAUUUUUCUUUUAUCAUAUUACGUGUAACAAUUUCUUUUUAAUCGUCAUCGAGGAUAAUCGUUUGACAGAAACAUUCCUCUCUUCGGAUAGGGAGAUAUAGGAUAACGUGUAAGAGCUCUCGUAGUGCGACGCGAACGGGAGUUCUCUCUCUGGUGAACGCGACAAGGAAGAACAGUCCUUUCCGAUGGAGCGAACCAACGAGUUCGCUGUCACGUGCUACCACCGGCUGGAACCCCGAGUUCUCUCUAGGUAGACAGGUUCCGAAGAGGAAGAAAAAGAUAUAUAUAUAUAUACAGAAAGAAAGAGAGAGAGAGAGAAAGAGAAGAGAGAGAGAGAGAGAAAGGGAAAGAGAGAGAGGGAAAGAGAGAAGUCGUAAAGAAGAAGAAGACAGUUUUAUUGGGGUAAGCCCACGUGACCCUUGUAAACAGAGGCUUCUUUGUCGUCGCGUUUUGUCGCGUAUAAACUGUGUUUACGUGAGAGAAAGGUGAAAGAUGAAGAUUAUUCUUAUCUAACGAUCUUAUUAUUGAAAGGAAAACAACAAACGGAAGGUAAAAAAUCUUAAAGUUUGUGCGAAUCGUGAAUGUCGUUCAUAUCGGGACGUGCGAAGAGAUCGGUUCAGUGACGUCGAAGAGGGACGAAGAGAACCGCGAACGAUGAGUUCGUAUCAGUUCGUCAACUCGCUCGCGUCAUGUUACGCGGGCCAACAGCCUCAACAGCAAAGGCCUACGCCGAAUUCACCCGGAGAACCGAUGCAGGCGGCAUCGCCAGCUGGUGCAGAUUACUAUAAUCCGAAUGCAGCGGCGACGAGUUAUCCGGCACCAUGUUACUCUCCUCAGCAACAUUAUCCGCAACAUCCGUAUGCGACUCCUGCAUCCGGAAUGCAACACACAGCACCAACCGGCAUGAUAGACUAUACGCAACUUCAACCUCAACCGAGGCUGAAUGCAACGGCCACCUCGGCGCAACAUGGAAUGCAUCAGCAACCAUCUCAGCAUCAUCCUCAACAACAUCAUCCCCAAGCACAACAACAGGCACAGCUUCACCAGGAUCCUACGACACCUUUACUUCAAGCUGCUAAUGCGCCUUCCGCGCCCUCAACAUCGAGCUGCAAGUACGCCGACUCGACUUCCUCCACCGGAGUAGCCUCGCCUCAGGACCUCUCGACCUCUACCUCGAGAAAUAGUCCCACACCCUUGGUAGCACCCGGAACGAGCAAAUCUGCGUCCGGUUUGACAUCGCCACCUGGAACCUCUUCGAGGUCCUCCGUCGCGGCGGGAUCCGCGGCUUCACCUCCAAGUGGAACGCCGAGAAACGUUGCCGAUGGAAAUUCUACGCUCACAACGGCAUCCUCAGCUUCCUCGCCAGCAUCCUCCACUUCGAGCACAUCCAGCACAGGAAAUAAUUCGUCGAAUAAGGUGAACCCUUCCGGUAGCAAUCCACCGCAGAUUUAUCCUUGGAUGAAAAGGGUUCACAUUGGACAGAGUACGGUAAAUGCAAAUGGCGAAACAAAACGACAAAGGACAUCUUAUACGAGGUAUCAAACUUUAGAACUGGAAAAGGAGUUCCAUUUCAACCGCUACCUGACGAGGCGGCGUCGCAUUGAGAUCGCCCAUGCUCUUUGCCUGACUGAACGUCAGAUCAAGAUCUGGUUUCAAAACCGGCGGAUGAAGUGGAAGAAAGAACACAAGAUGGCGAGCAUGAACAUCGUGCCGUACCACAUGUCGCCGUAUGGACACCCUUACCAGUUCGCGCCGCACCCAGGCCAGUUCGCUCACUUGGCCACAUAGGACGAGUUCUCGCCCGCCGAGCUCGGAGCACACGCUGUCCGCUUUCCCGGGAUGUACGGCGAGCAGAACUUCUAAAAGGCUUUUCUCCGAUCGGACGCUUCACUUCCAGUAGGAUUCGCGAGCUGGACAUUCCGCGAUCGCGAUUGGCUUGCCUCGAAAUAUUAAAAUUCUCUUUCCAAAAAUAUCUCUUUUCAAAAUAUUACGAUUUUCUUUGUUAAAUUGAAAAACGUAAGAGAAAGAGAAAUAGAAAGAAAAAGAGAAAAAGCGAAAUAGAGAGAGAGAGAGAGAGAGAGAGAGAGAGAGAAGACUCGUUGGCUUGCCUGUUCGCGAAAGCGAUUACUAUGUCACAAAGCAACUAUUCGAAGUUGAAGGGAAGCCAAAAUUUUCUGCGAAUGUAGUGCCGUGCGCCCGAUUUAAGACUGGACGCGCUCCGAGGGACUCUCACGUAUAUAUAUAUAUAUACAUAUAUAUAUAUAUAUAUACACAUGUAUACGUAUAUAUACAUAUAUAUAUAUAUAUAUUUACAUACAUUGACGCAAGGAAGAUUAUAGGAUGAUCAUGCGUCCUUUAUGAGAGCCCACCUCAGCGGGUGAGAUAAUCGAAACUCUAGUUUAAGGGUAGACAUUAACGAUCUAAAGAAGGAAAAAAGAGUUAAGAAAAAAAAAAGCAAAUAUAAUGGAAGAAGAUAAAAACACGUAAGAAAGGAAAUCUCGAUUUUAAUGGCGAAACUUAACUAUCGUCGUCCUCUUGUCUGGCUGCACACUGUUUCACAUGGUCCGUGAAUGAGCGAAUCGUAUUUGUAAAGGAUUAAUAUCGAUAAAAUGAUGGAGGGGGAUGAUAAUCAGACAUUUUUUUUUCUCUCUCGGAUCGUCCUGUACUUACUUACUUUUUCUCCGUUUCGCUACUUAUUAUCGAAAUCUUCUAUCGAAGAGAAUAUGUCUAUUUCUAUUCGACGAUGAAUUCGAUGCGAUUGGAGGAAACAGUUUCUAUCUGCACGUUGAAGUCACUAUUCCUAGUAUGUAAGGUGCCUAUUAAUACUCGAAACCUUCUUCGCCAAUUAUUAUUCUCCGGUCGAACGUAAAACUUUCGAAUGAUUCGCAAAUGUAUUUAGACGUUUAACAUUCUCGUCAAAAUAUUCGUUCGAUUUUAUUGCGAUUAAAUCGAAUCGUCGUAUUAUUGAUUCAUGGCGAAUAAUGAUCCUAUAAAUGAGUAUUCAAUUUUAACGUAAACGUUUACGAAUCCGCUCUCUCAUUUUCGAAAUAAUGCUAAUUAGCAAUUUCAUUUGAACGAUUUUAUUGCUACGUAUAUAUGUAUAUGAAAAUAUAUUCAUUUUUAUAAUGUGAAAUCUUUAUUCCUCUUGCUCUCGAUACUUUCUCGUUUAUGGAAAAGUAUACGUAAGUAAAUUUUAAUCUGGAAUAUAUAAUUAAGGCAGAAAGACUCGAUGAUAAAGAAACGGUGGGCAGCUUAGGCGCUGCAAGCUCUUUGUAAAUAGUUUGCACCGUAAUGUGUAAACACUCGUUCCUAUAAAAAAAAAAAAAAAGAAAAAACGACAAAAAAAAAAACAAAAAAAAAAAAAGAAAAAAUUGUCAACUUAUUGUUAGAUAAAAAUCCCUUUACAACUUGGCUGUUUCUUUCGAACCAUCGUUCAAAAUUAAACGUUUUAUCUCUUCGGUAAUAUUAAUAUAUCAGCUAAAUAGAUGUAUAAACCAAUCUUUUUCCCCUCUCUUCGAUGUUACACACGCGAAUCGUCAAAUUUGUCGAUUCGAUUGAAAGCGAUGGAACGAAGUGAAUGUCAAAAAAAAGAAAAAAAAAAAAAAUUAAAAUAAAAUAAAAUAAAAUGAAAAAAGAAAGAGAGAAGAAAAGAAAAAAGAUCGAUCGCAUAGAACGUGUCAUCUUGAACAUCGAGUCGAAAGUAUUUUCGAGAAUAUCAAUCGAUCGAUCGAUCGAUCGUUUCAGUUUAAAAAAAUAGAAUCUUCAGCCGUUCGGCUCGAGUCUGUAAAAAUGAAGUAACGACGAGCGUUCCAAAGUUCUCGUUAUGCUUGUGUUAUAUACGUAUAUGUAUGGGUGUUUUCUUGUGAUACAAGAGAGAAAGAGAGAAAGAAAGAGAGAGAGAGAGAGAGAGAGAGAGAGUGAGAGAGAGAGAGAGACAGAGAGAAAGAAAGAACGAACGAGCGAAAGAGCGAGAGAGAAUGAUUGAGAUUCGUUUUAUGCUUUAGAUCGAGAAGUCGUAUAUGAUUGCGACGUGCUAAGCAAAUUCGGAAUAAUACAGGGAUCCUUAAAAUAUAUCGAUGUGUUUAAAGUUAAAUAAAAGCAAAAUGGUGACAAGAGAGCAAAAGUAUGAUAAAAUAAAAAUAUGGCCGGAAGAGACGCUUUAUUACGCGACUGGCGAGAGGGGGUUUCUUUAUAAGUAGAUUAACGAUGAAUUGUACAUAAUGAUUGAAUAUAAUUGAACAACGCGAUAUUGAACGACGUUAUCUCAGCUAGGCGUUAACGAAAGAGCAGAUUACUUCGUUGUUUGUUAAUUUAUCGGCCCGUUGUAAUGAGUGGUGGAGGAAAAAGAGGAUGAAAGCGAACGAAUCACGAACGAUUCCUCGUCUUUUCUCGAACGAAUGAAAAUGCGUGUAAAACGUAUGUUUAUCUUUACGCACGAGCAUUCACUUUUCGACGUAUUUAUGUACACGUAUAACCACGUACAUUCUAUAUGUACGUAAUAUAUAUGUACAUGAAAGUGCAAAAGUUACAAAAUAAAAUAUUUGAAAGGCAAAAUGAAACUGGACACAUGUCCGACCGUAAAGAAAUGUUCUUUCAUUGCCGCCUCGCUGUCGUUUAGAAAUAUUUAACAAAUAAAUAAAAAUAGCGACUAUUAUUAUA